AUGGCAGAAAUGGCGAACGAAAGAGAGAGAUGGAGGGGAGAAGGAGAGAAAGAGAAAGGACGGUCGAGCAGUGGAGAGGAUGGAGGAAAACUCAAAGGGCUGGGGUUCGCCGUUCUCGACAAGGAUGAAGAUGGAAGAGGAAUGGACGCGCAGGAAGAAUCCGGGAAAUGCGGGUACUCAGCCCAGUGUCUAGGCCCAAUCAUUCGACUGCAGCAGUCUUUCCUGCAAACACCUGACUCCAAGCAUGGCUACAGGGUUCUUUUCACGAGGGGGUUGAAUCCUCGAAUUCUCAGAGGAAGAGAGAGUCAUAACAAGGGAUACGACAACCACGGUCUUUCGGAGCAGCAGCAGCAGAAGAACCAACAACCCCCGUCCGGUGUCCCGAGUCAAAUCCUCGAUUCGUUAUUCUUCAUUCCACUAAACUCAAAAUCUAUCCCCCUUCAAGGAGGAUUGCUUAUCUUGGCUCGCCAGAGUCAUAACCCUGUCUGUUUGGGACACCGCAGCAAUCAUCGACUCCUUUUGAUUGCAUCCAGCAAUAAUAGGGAACAUGCAUCGCCAUUCUUCACUCCUGCACGGUCCAACGGCUUUUCCGUUUCGGGCGCCGCAAGCGAGGCAAAUAAUCACGUGCCUGCCUUUGAAGCAUUGGCCGACUCGAUGGCCAGGUCUGGACUCAAUUUAUUGCUGUUCGACAUCACAAUGGUCUCUCCAUGGAGUACCCAGGGACAAUGGUAAUUCUGGCCAUGAUCGGUGUAUUGGAAACAAGGUAUGCGUGGAUCCGCACGGGAGUUCAGUCUCCUCCUGUUGUCCAUCAUUCUCAGUCUCGAUCAGAGGCCUAUUUAUCCAAGACAACUAGAAUUCCACACAGGCCGUCCAGUAUUCUACGGAGUACGGAGUACUUUGCAACUACAGCAUCAAUGUUGAGCAUGUGUUACAUGGCGUCUUUGAUUAACUUUGUAUACCUAGGUAGUCUAAUUAUCACGUACUACAAGGAUCUAAAUAAAAUGCUUGGAACCUAUCGUUACCAGGCAACUAACACCCAUCCGAAUCCCGGUAUCUAAAUAUUGACUCAGGAAGU